AUGAUAAAAUUUGUCGUACUAAUUAAUUUACUACAAUUAAUAUGGUUAAUUGAUUGUAAAAUUUACAAGAAAGGGCCAUUGUUGGACAACAGCGUAGAAGAGAAAUGGAACGGAUUGUGGUUCCCCAAGCCACCAAAUUAUCAUUAUGACGUAGUAUCGGAAAAAGACAAUGUGGCAGAUAUAGAUUCGUGGCAGGGAACAUGGUUCCCACACGCUCCCGGAAUUUCGGACAAUAAAUACAAUACGAAGGAAAGUAAUGAACAUACUUGUGAUAAUGGAAAGGAUAAUAUAAACAUUGACUUUGAUCCCGAGGACAAGCGACACUCGUAUAACUACUUGUGUUUGGGGAAUCGUACCGUAUUUGAACCAAAUUUUAACACUACUACCAUUUUGAUAGAGCAUUUUGUGCCUGCGGCCUAUCAACCAGCUGCCAAGUGCUUAAAUGAAACUAUUUCUUAUGGGGAUUCAUUGCCAACAUUCGGUCCAUAUCGUCCUUUGGCACCUAAAUUUGGCAAUUAUAAAUACUUACCACCACAGCGUUGGCUUAGAAGUUUGUCCGAUGGCGGUAUUGUUAUGUUAUAUCAUCCAUGUGCCUUUUCUGGUCAAAUUAAACAGUUGCAAAAUAUUUUACAAGGUUGUCUAUAUCGACACAUUAUUACCCCUUCACAAUUAUUAACUCCACAAAGACCCCUGGCCUUAUUGGCAUGGGGCAAGUGCCUUCAGAUGUCGGUUGUUGACGAUAAUACAGUGGUGAAUUUUAUCAAAGAAAAUGCCAAAUUAGGUUUAAGAGGCCAGCAAACAAAAUUGAAUUUAUCAUCUCAACUGUACGACGCAGGACUACUAACAGAGUCUCACUUAGUUACAGACGAACAGGAUUCUGAAAUAUGUGGAUACAAAGAUAUGUGAUCAUGUUGGCGGAAAUAUAUAUU